GCCCUUUCUACAGAUCUGAGUUACAAAGUGCAAGAUCAUUCAACUAGGGCUAACCAUUCAAAAAGGAAAUGUAUCUUCAACUUCUAACAGGGCUCCUGUUACUGGAGGUUGGAUUUGUAGCUUCAAAUUGUAACAAGGGGUCUCAUACAGGUUCCUUUGGAACAGUGUCUUCACCAUCAUAUUCAACAAGUUCAACUUACGCUAACAACCUGUACUGUACUUAUGAUAUCCGAGUUGGAAGUGGUUCUGGAAUCAAACUGUCAUGGUUGUCAUUUGACAUUGAGGGGGAAAUGCCAAACUGUAAUGAUGAUUAUGUGGAGAUUUUUAUUGGAUGCAGAAGAAGUUCCAUUGGCAGGUACUGCUCUGGAAAUGGAUACAAGCCAUUUGAUGUUUAUUCAAGUGACAACUGCCUGCGCUUAAGGUUCAAGUCCAAUAGCUCUGGUGCUGGCAAAGGAUUUCAAGCAAGUUACAAAUCAGUUUCUCUUGGAAGUUCAAGUGGUGUAGGAGGGUCAACAUGUUUUUCGACAAAGACUCUUUCUUCAACCUCUGGAGUUAUAAGCUCUCCAAAUUGGCCUAGAGAUUAUCCCUCUCUUAAAGACUGCUACUGGAAGAUUGAGGUUGGAAGGAACAGAGGCAUUAAAAUUGCUUUUAUGGACUUCGAAUUAAAAUAUGAUUUUGGAUGUGAUGAUGACAAGGUCAAAGUAAAAGGAGGAGAUGACAGUGAUUCAUACGAUCAAUCCAAAACCAUCAGAGACUCUGCGUGUGGUGAAAAGUUACCCUUUGACUUUACUUCAUCAAAAGAGAGAAUUUGGAUUAGGUUUAAAUCUGACAGUUUUAAAAGUGGGCGGGGGUUUGUUGCUGGCUACGUAAUGUAUAAAUCAAGUGAUGACAGCAGCUCCCUUGGUGGUGUUGUGGUUGGCAUCCUGGUUCCACUGGUUUUUGUGUUUUUUUGUGCUGGUUGUAUUUACUAUAGAUGUGUACGUCAAAGGAGACUGGCAAGGGCACAACAACACACAGCUGUGGCUUAUGUUGCCGCCCCACCACAGCAAGUGACCAUAAAUCACCCUCCCCCAGCACCUCAGCCAGGCUAUGGACCCCCGCCUCCUCAAACAGGACACUAUCCUCCUCCACAGCCUGGCUAUGCACCUCCACCACAGCCAGGUUAUGCACCACCACCCUACAGUCAAGUGAUGGGGGCAUCCUACCUACAACAAGACAAAUCUGGAUCUUAUCCUGUUGCACCACCUGGAGGAGCACCACCCUUUUCCUCGGGACAACCGUAUCCUCCUGGUCCUACUGCACCAUACCCGCCUGGACAACCAGCUGGAGCACCACCGUACCCCAUCGCACAACCAGAUGGAGUGCCUCCUUUCCCAGCAUUUCAGCCAGCACCUGGAGGUGUGGCACCUUACCCAUCAGCACCUCCUCCUGCAGGAACGCCACCUUAUCCUCAACAGUAAUUGCCUGUCAAUUACACGAAUCCUUCUCAUUUUAAAAGGGAAUCUAACAUUUUGGGUCAGAGAACGUUGGAUUGGCCAACAAAUAUCUCUUACUCUUUUAAAAGACUGAAAUGACCUGGUCGUUCUUAAAUUGCAAUGUUGGUGAAACUAGUCUACCAGUGCAGCCAAUUCAGAUGACUUCCAAGGACAAUUUUUAGCUAAAGGAAAGAUCACAAUAGUCAGUGAUUAUUUAUUAUAGAAUUUCGUUAACUUUAUUAAUCUGUUGAUCUUGGAUUUAUAAGAGACGGUGGCUGUAACGAUAUUGGUUAAGGCCAUGAUAGAGAAUGAGAUGAUGACCAAAAAUCCUGAUUGAGGUAUCAAUAAUUAUCAGAUAUUGAUAUAACAAUUUAGAACUAAACCUGAAAAGGUAUUGUUUAACACAGUUAAGUAUAGUGAGCGCUCUCCUUAAGCGGGUAUUACGGCAUUGGUAACAAGGAUUCUUAUUCAGCUGAAUGUCAAAGGGUGGAUCUCUUGAUGUUCUUGUUAUUUUUGUCUUCUAAGACCAUAAGGGAGUUGCGUCACAGUUUGUGGAUCUUCUGAAAUUUAUUUUAAAUUUUAGAACUUUCUCAAUUGCAGUCCAUGUUAAUCCUCCUUGUUUCUCUGCGGUUUGUCUUUCUCAUGAAUUUAAAUUUUUUAGUAUCCACUCAAUUUAAAUGGAAUUUUGGACACGAAAAAAUACGAAUCAAAAUUUUCCAAUCUUAAUCAUUAAUAUUGUCAUUCACCAUAUGAAUACAAAGAUGUGAAUCCCUGUCAAGUUUUUUUUCUUUUUUUUUCAUGAGAACUCUUUCGUAUUUGUUUGUACCAAGUUCAAUAACAGUAAAAACCACUGACGCCUCUUAUGAGAAAGUGUCAAACAACCUGCAGUAGUACUAUUUACAAUGGCAACGUUAACAAGUAGGCGGCGUUUUCCGAAAAUCAUUCCUUAUCGUAUGGCUUUGUUAAGCUAUAUUUAUUAUUCUAUUUAAGUACUGUAUAUAAGGAGUGUGUAACACUCGAAUAUAAUGGCUCAGUGCUUAAUAUUACAGAGAAAUUUCUGGAGUUCUUUUUCGCAUUUCAGGAGAAAGCGUGUCACAUUGAGUGCUGAAUAAAGUUAAUCGUAUUAAGAUAUUUA